UUCGAUUGGGCAAUCCAGAUCAUGUGUCUCUUUCUCGCGAGACAACAAAAUGGCGACCGCUAGGGCAUUUGCACGUUUCAUAGUCCAGAGAACUGGCACUCGGAACUGUUACUCAUCAACAAGGAAGAAUAUGUGUAUCAAUAAAGACACCAAAGUGAUUUGUCAAGGAUUCACCGGAAAACAGGGCACAUUUCACUGCAAGCAAGCUUUGGACUAUGGAACACAAAUUGUUGGAGGAACUACACCAGGAAAAGGGGGCACCCAGCACCCAUCUUUAGGAUUGCCAGUAUUCAACACAGUGGUUGAGGCCAAAAAUGCUACAGGUGCCACAGCCAGUGUUAUUUAUGUCCCUCCACCUUUUGCUGCAAAGGCUAUCAUUGAAGCCAUGGAAGCAGAAAUGCCAUUAAUUGUCUGUAUCACAGAGGGCAUCCCUCAGAAGGAUAUGGUGGAAGUACGGCAUCAUUUAAUUCGACAGGAUAAGAGCAGGCUAAUAGGGCCUAAUUGCCCAGGCAUCAUUAAGCCAGGUGAAUGUAAAAUUGGAAUUAUGCCUGGUCAUAUACAUAAGCCAGGAAAAAUAGGAAUUGUAUCUCGUUCUGGUACACUGACUUAUGAGGCAGUACAUCAGACAACCAUGGCAGGCAUGGGUCAAUCUCUGUGCAUAGGAAUAGGUGGUGAUCCUUUCAAUGGAACCAACUUUAUUGACUGCCUUGAAAUAUUUUUGAAGGAUCCAGAAACAGAAGGAAUUAUUCUUAUUGGAGAGAUUGGUGGUGAUGCAGAGGAAAAGGCAGCCAGCUAUUUGAUGGAACACAAUCUUGGUCCUCAUAGCAAGCCGGUAGUUUCUUUCAUCGCUGGGUUAACAGCACCCCCAGGCAGGAGGAUGGGUCAUGCUGGUGCAAUCAUCUCUGGAGGAAAAGGUGGUGCGCAGGAAAAAAUUGCUGCUUUAAAUAAUGCUGGUGUCAAAGUGACAAAGUCCCCAGCGCAAAUGGGCUCCACAUUGAGAAAGGCAAUGGAAGCUGCUGGGAAGAUGUAAAGAUGGUCUUUCAUCCACUGAUAAAAGUACAAGCAUAUGAAAGCUGAACGUCUUGUUCUCUGGUAUUACAAGUAGCUGCUAUUAAAUAAAAUUAUAUACUUCACAGUUCUGCACAAUACAUGUACAUGAGAUACUGCCACUUUAUUUACUUAUGAGAGAAUUAUUAUUCUGUAUAGUAUUCUUUCAGUGAUAUGCAUAUUGUAUAUUGUUUUGAAUCGAGAUCCCAUUGCAGAAUUUGAUUUCAUAUUGCCCCUUUUAAUUGCUUGAAAAUGUAAUUUAUGCUCAGUGGUUUGUUAUGAAAAAAAUGAGCAUUGUGCAUAACCUUUGCUUAAAAAUAACUCAGAAACAAAUAUUUUUAAAAUUUAUCAGCAGUGCAUGUAUGCAUCGUUUCAUUGAAAUACCUUAUAUGAAUUAUUUAUACAUAUAUUAUUUUGUGUGAAAAUUGGAUUUUUUUAACAGUAGUCCUAGCAGUUCAGUGGACAGCUCUUUUAUAUAAAUAUUUAAGGCAACAUUUGUUGCUAUAGACUAUAAUAAAAGCAUUGGUGUUAAGCAUCAUUGCUGUGGGGAUAAAACGUUUUGUAAAAAGCAAAAAGCACCAUCUAAUUUCGUUUUUGAUAUUAGUCUUUGGUUUUUGCUGUUACAUCAUAAAUAUCCUGAGACUUUUUCCUAAAGAGAUGAAGCCAGGUCCUUGGCUUUGAUGGGUUUUGGACUUUACAAUGCAGGGAUAAUAAAAUUUUGGGUAGGAAAUGCCGUCUUGUUUUUGAUAUCAGUUUUGGUUCUUGCUGUUAUAUUUAAGUAUCUUGAGACCAUUUUCUAAAAAGAAGAAUAAAAGCAGUGAGUCUUCAACUAAC